AAUCACAAUCAGCUCACAUAUUGAAUUUUAUACGUUCGGGCCUCCGUAGCCAUUUUGGCUCAAGAUCGGUCGAGGCAUUUUUGUAUCAAUUCGUAGUACAGGCGAUGCAGUAACCUCUUGCUCGGUGCACUUGCGCGCCAUGUCAGUGGACGUAUGAUAACGCCAACGCCGUCACGUAUGCUGAUUUAUAGUCGCAGGGUCAUACUCGGUUUGAUCGAACUGUCCAUUCCAUCCAUUCCAUUAUCCAAGCCAGUAUUAGUUUCUCGGCAGAGCUCGACUAAAUCAAAAUACGUUCCAUUGGUGAGCUCCUACGGGCGGAUCAGGGCUGCAAAUGGCAUCAUCAGUAUGGGCUCUUGCGCAGUCUCCAGACCUUGCACAACGAAUAUUGGUGGAAGAUCUUGUCUUGUACAUCGCCUUGUUGCACGUGCGUUCCUUGGGCCACCUCCCGCUGGUAAAACCGACGUUCGUCAUAAGGACGGCGUGCGGUGGAACAACCAUGUUGGCAACUUAGAGUAUGUUUCGAAGUCACAGAACUUAGUGAUUUCGCACAGAAACAGAAAUAACAUAAUAGUUGCGUCGCCAGGCAAUUGUAGACCAGUUGUUGGACGAAAAAACGGGACCGCAUCGUGGCAGGUUUUCCCAUCCAUCCUUGAAGCUUCGAGAAGUCUCGGGCUGAGCAGGGACUGCAUUAGGAGAUGCUGCCAGCAUCGCCAGGAUCAGACAGGCGGAUACGAGUUCCGGUAUGAAAAUGCAUGCGUGGUUGAUUUGCGUUGCGAAAUGUGGAUGCGAGCUCUCGAUCCGAACUCUGAUGGCGAGCUGUCAACAUGGUCUAUCAGUUCUCGUGGACGAUUGCGCAAUACACGGGGGCAUGUAUCAUGGGGAUCGCCCAAUCGAUCCGGAUACAGGACGGUUACUAUAUCAUCAGAUGGGGUAAAAAAACAGUUCAAGGUUCAUCGACUAGUUGCUCGUAGAUUUUUGGGGCGAGGUCCGAUCCCUUGGAACAUGGAGGUCAACCACAAAGACGGAGAUAAAGCUAACAAUUGCGUUGAGAAUUUGGAGUACGUGACGCGGUCCCAGAACAUGACACAUGCGUAUUCGAUGAACCCCAAGCCUCGGAACUCGAUGUCACUGUCCAAGCCAGUUUGGGCACGGCCGAAGGUGGACGGGACUUGGAGCUGGUACCCAUCCGCCAGAGAGGCGGCAAGAUUAUUGAACGUUCCCCAGGCCAGCAUUUCGAAAUGUUGUCACCAUAAACUAUCCAGCACGAGCGGCUUUGAGUUCAUAUUUGGAGAGCCUGCGUGCGCAGAAUUGCUGGACGGAGAGGAGUGGCGGGAAGUUGUCUUCGACCCUUAGACCAUGUCAUAUGCUGCGCUCGAGGUUCGAUGUGUCCCUUUCGCGUGUAGAACGUGGAGGAAAAAAAAUAUACGUUCGGGCCCAAACGAUUUG